AUGGACUCAGACAGAUUGAACCCUGCUGAAUGGUUCAAAGCUCAGGAGACUGAUGCUGACGCCCGAGCGAAGGAUUAUGUCCGGGAAAGCGACGACGCUUCCUCAACAGAUAUUUGCACAUGGUUUAUCGACGGCGCUGUUACAGAAGGUUGGCCUCGUAUCAACGAUGCACGUCUCGCCACGGUCAAGUCAGACCAAUAUAGAGCCAAGUCUACCAAAUCACUGCCGGUGGAUGGUCUGAAAACAAUAGGAUCUACUUUUCUCCACGAGUUGACUCACACAUCGCAGGGUGGAAGGCUGGAUGAUGUUUCUGUCUCUGGGCGAUUGGCGGAAUCAAUCCCUAGUUGCUACGAGUGGGAAUGCGUUUUGAAGCUGGGUGCGGAACCAUCCAUUCGAGCUGAAUUCAACGCA